CCUCCCCCCCCUCCAAUGGCGACUCUCGUCGUCACCCCUCCCCUGCUCCCCUGCCCGCGCCCAUUCCCGGCUAGCCGCUCCGCCGGACCCGCCCACCGCCUCCUCGCGCGGCCUCCCCGCGCCGGCCGCCCGCGCCUCCGUGACCCGUCGCCGGCUCCGGCGCCGCCCACGCCCGUCGAGCAAUCCGCCGACGAAGCGCACGAUUACCCGCCGCUCAGGCUCCUCGACCCGCCGCAGGAGGAAGACCCCUACCCUGACGAGAUGGAGGCGGCCGACCCGGAUUUCUACCGGAUUGGGUACGCGCGGAUGAUGCGCGCAUACGGGAUCGAGUUCCUGGAAGGGCCGGAUGGGAUGGGGGUCUAUGCUUCCCGGGACGUCGAGCCGCUCCGCAGAGCUAGGGUGAUAAUGGAGAUCCCAUUGGAGCUCAUGCUGACUAUAACUAAGAAACAUCCCUGGAUGUUUUUUCCUGACAUUAUCCCACUAGGGCAUCCUAUAUUUGAUGUUAUUGAGUCAACAAAUCCUGAGACAGAUUGGGAUCUAAGAUUGGCCUGCCUCCUUCUCUAUGCAUUUGAUGUACAAGGCAACUUUUGGCAGUUAUACAGUGAUUUUUUGCCUAGUGGCGAUGAAUGCACCAGCUUGCUCCUGGCACCGAAGGAGGAUCUAAUGGAACUGGAAGACCAAGACCUGUCCUCAGAAAUGUUAAAACUCCAGAAGCGAGCAGUUGAUUUUUGGCAGAAACAUUGGCACAAAGCAAUCCCUCUAAAGCUAAAGCGUCUUGCCCCUGACCACGAGAGAUUUCUCUGGGCAUUGAGCAUUGUCCAGUCUCGUUCUUUCAACAUGAAGCUGAGAAUGGGAGCCUUCAUGCAAGAUGCAAAUAUCCUAGCUCCUUAUGCUGAUAUGCUGAAUCACUCACCUGAUGCUAACUGUUUCCUGCACUGGCGUUUCAAAGAUCGUAUGCUUGAAGUUAUGAUUAAGGCUGGUCACGCUGUCAAAAAAGGAGAUGAGAUGACAAUCAAUUAUAUGAGUGGCAUAAACAGCAUGUUAAUGCAAAGAUAUGGCUUCUCAUCACCAACGAAUCCUUGGGAGCUUAUAAACUUCUCGAGCCCUGCUAAGAUUCAUCUGGAUUCCUUCUUAUCAGUCUUCAAUAUAGCUGGUCUGCAUGAUGAACUGUGCCACAAUGCCGCAUUGACCUCAGGAGAAAGUAACUUUGUUGAUGGAGGAGUGGUGGCAGCAGCAAGAACUUUGCCAACAUGGUCAGAUGGGGACCUUCCUGCCAUACCAAGCGUGGAAAGAAAAUCCGCUCAGGCCUUGCAAGAGGAAUUGCGGAAGAUGUCGGAGUCUUUCUCGACCACGAUCCAACAAGACGAACAGAUUUUAGAUACGGACGAGCCUAUCAGGAAAACACGUGAAAUUGCAAUCAAGUACCGGCUACACCGGAAGCUGCUCUUACGGAAAAUCAUCGAUUCGUUGGAGAUCUACCAGGAUAGAAUUUUGUUCUAGCUGUAUAGGAGACACCAGUGUAGCUGUGCCCAGUGUCCCAGUGAAAACCAUACCGUUGCUUGCUAGAAUGCUAGUUUAGGCGUUUCAAGGACAGUUUGGCACCACCCUUAGACCAUUUUGAUGGGCGUCAGCAACUUAGAUUUCCAGGUCAUCAGUAUUAAGUGUCAAUAGGAGGAUUCCGUAGAGAAAACAUUAAGGCCCACCUGUAAGCAGCAGUGAGCAAGCUUCGUGGAGGCAUGUCAAGGUGGGAGAAAGAAUGUAAAAGAGAGGGCCCACCUGUUAUGUGGGCCCAUAUUGCCAGGAGAAAGAUCUGAGUGUCUACGAAAUGCGUUUCAAACCAAAAAAUGAAUGUGGUACUUUUGCGACAAAUAUAUGUUGCAGAAUGGAAUUUACCUGAAA